ACUCAAUUGGAAUAUUCCAGCAAUCAGCUAUAAACAAAAAUUAUGAAAGUUACUCUGCUAGCUGUGGUGGCACUGACUACAGUGGCAAUUGCCCUAGUCGGAGCAGCCGAUCCUGAAUGCGUUUACCGCAGACUACGUGGUCUAACGCCGCACUGGCCCAAGCCAUCGACAUGCUCGAGCUAUUAUCGUUGCACCAAGGGUUUGGUGCGUACUGUAAAAUGUCCCGCCGGAAAGGAAUACAACGCCAAGACAGGCAAAUGCGGUUCAGCUGGGCGAGGCCUUUGCAAACUGAGCCUGAUUGCUCCCUUUAUCGAUGUCGCGAAUCCAUGUGCCAAUGAGGUGAAUGGUGCCUAUGUGCCCAAAUCGGGCUAUUGUAGUGACUUUUACAUAUGCGAUGAGCAGACAGCAUAUCCCCAGAGCUGUGACUCUGGCAGCGCUUUCAAUCAAACAUCAAGCGUUUGCGAGUUGGACGCGAACUCCGAAUGUUGGCAAAAUUAUUGCGUGAACAAGGAGAAUGGAGUCUACAUUAAGAAUGAGGAAUACUGUGCCAGUUAUUAUAUAUGUCUAGAUCAAGUGCCUACGCCCCAGGAUUGUAGUCUGGGCAGUUAUUUCAAUGCCAACCAAAGUGUGUGCACUGUUGAUGCCAAUAAUACACACUGCUGGCAGAACUUCUGUAUUGAUGAAAAAGAUGGCACAUUGUUGGCAGAUAGCUCCAAUUGUUCCAACUAUUAUGUGUGCUCCAAUGAGACGGCAACUAUCGACACUUGUGAUGACGGCUAUCGUUUCGAUGUCUCUAAGCAAUCAUGUGUAGAGGGUUCAUGUUCUGACACCACCACGACCUCGACGACCCCAGAUACCACAGAGACCACAGAGUCUUGCGAUGAUGCCACAACAAGCACCACAGAAGCUUGCGAUGUGGAAACUACGACACCAGCAUCAACCAACUGUGAUUGCUCCGAUAAUGGUGAGAUAGUUAAGGACGGUCUAUUAGCGGUAGAUGCGGACAACUGCCGCCUAUAUAAGAUCUGUGUCAAUGGUGAAUUAAUCACUGGCGAUUGCCUCAAGGGUAACUACUUCGAUGCCGAAUUGAAAGCGUGCGUAAAGGAUUCUGAUAAUGUAUGCCCUGAGAGCUGCGCCGCCGACUGUACCGAAAAUGAUGUCACAUUGAAGGUGGAAAAUUGUGCCCAGUACAAUGUGUGCAAGAAUGGAGUUUGGCAGACCGUCAAUUGCACUGUAGGCUAUUACUUUAACAGCACUCUUGGCAUUUGUGCCAUCGAUGAGAAUGGCAUCUGCCCCAAUUCGGUCGAGUGCAAUGAUACUGAUCCAACAGCUAGUGGUGCCACUUGCUGGGAAUACUAUGCCUGCAUCAAUGGCAAAUGGGAGCAGGAGGCCUGUCUGAGUGACUAUUACUUUGAUGAAUCCAUGGGCAUUUGCCGUGCCGAUGAUGCCAGUGUAUGUCCCGAGAAUAGAGCUGUCCGUGACAACACCCGCUCGAAGCGUAGUGUCGAUCAGGAAGAGGAGCAAGUCUGCGUUGAAGGCACAAUGGUAUCUCAUUCCACGGACUGUGAUAAGUAUUUGAUAUGUCAGAAUCAGCAAUGGGUACCUGGAACUUGUGGUGUCGGAAACAUAUUUAAGAAUUGUAGCGGAAUCUGUGCCCCAGAUACAACUGGCAGCUGCUGGUUGUGCGGUCGAUUGCCAAAUGGUUACACCAUUCCUGAUCCAAGUGAUUGCAAGAGCUUCAUCACCUGCUACAAUGGUCUGGCCAAUGAGAAGUCGUGUCCAUCUGGUGAAUGGUUCAAUGGCGAUGCCUGUGUGAUCGAUGUCACCGGCGUGUGUAUUAAUCCUUGCAGCGGUUGUGAUUCGGGCACCAAGCCUCAUCCCAUCUGUUCGAAAUACUAUCAAUGCAGCAAGACAGGUGCACCCCAGGUGGUUGAUUGCGAUGGCCAGGGCUAUGAUGCAACAACGGGACAAUGUUCCCCAGAUGUGGAAUGCAAUGCCCUGAAAUGUGCCACAGCUGAUGACGGUGCCACCUAUUCAGUUGAAGGAGAUGAUACGAAAUUCUAUGCCUGCAUUGAUGGUGAGGCCACAAUUCGUUCCUGUCAGAACAACCAGCUCUAUGUACCCGCCGUGGGCGCAUGUCUAAUCCAACCCAGUUGCCAAUGCGAUCAAACCGUUUGCAUUGGUGCCGAUGAAUACAAGCCCUAUCCCUCUCUAGGCAAUGACAAUACCUCAUUCUGUAUAUGCCGAUUUGAAGAAGGCUUCUUGGAAUCAUGCCUCGAAGGCUAUGAAUUUAAUGAAGUGAUAAGCGCUUGCGAAUUUACCGGACCAUGCGAUCCCUCAGUUUGUACCGAUGACACAGAAUACAAAGUUACAACCAACUAUGAUGAUCCAGAUAGUUUCUGUCUAUGCCGUGCCGGUGAACAAAUUCCAGUUCCCUGUCCUAUUGGCUAUACAUUCAGUUCAGAUGAACUUAAAUGUGUCUUAAUUCCCCAGCCCGAUCCAAGAUGUUGUCGCAACUAUUGUGUGGGUAAAGAUGAAUAUUUGCCAUUCCCCGCCUUAAAUGGAGACGAUACAGGUUUCUGUUAUUGUUUGGAUGAGUUACCUAAAUAUCAAAAUUGUCCAGAUGAUUACCUUUAUGACAAUAAUGUAGGAGCCUGCUUGGAACCACAGGUGGAAUGUGAUGAAACGAAUAACUGUGAUCAUACAGAAUGUCAAUCAAAUGACGAACCCUAUCAUACAUUCCCCUCAAAUAAUGGAUGCUUCUCAGGCUUCUGUUAUUGCAAGGAUGAAUGUGCCGUAUGGCAGGCAUGUCUAGACAAUUACACGUACAUACCAGCCAUAGGAGCUUGCUAUCCAUACACCGAACCACUUUGCGAUGACACAAAAUGCGAUACAUUGCCCGAAUUCGACACUUUUUCACCACUCGACCCAACUGACAAAUCUCACUACUGUGUAUGUGAGGAUGGAGAAGCCGUUUAUGAGGAAUGCCCCCCAAAUAAAGAAUUCGAUACAAAAGUUGGAGCUUGCCUGCUUGUUCCGGCUCCCGCCUCAGUUUGCUGCCCCGAUAAAUGCUUGACCCUUGACGAGUACAGCACAUUUGCUGCCUCAAAUACCACCUCAGGCUUCUGUGUCUGUGAAAGCGGUGUUGCACUCUAUAAACCAUGUGAAGAUGGUACAACCUACGAUGUCGAUGUAAGCAGUUGCCAGUCACCCGAGGCAAUUAAAUUGAAUAAACUGAAUGCUUGCGAUAACACUAUCUGCAACUUGAAUGACCUCUUGACCAAAUUCUCGGCACGUAAUACCACAGAUGGAUACUGUUUGUGUAAUGCCAAUGGAUUGGCCAACUAUUAUAGCUGUGAGGACGAACAUCAUUUCGAUAGCGAGAUGAACUCCUGUGUGAUCAGAGCCUGUGAUUCGGCUCUAUGCCGUCAGCGUUCACAAUUUGCAACAUUCGCAGCAAAGAAUACAAGCAGUGGUUUCUGUUCAUGCGAUGGCCUAGCCACCUACCAUCAUUGCAGUCCGGGACAUAUCUUUGACAUAAACGAGGGAGCUUGUGUAUUGCAAACGGCAAUUAGUGCCUUGGUUUGCAAUUCAGAUGAAUGCAAAAGCCGUAUACAAUUUCAACCGUUUGCUGCCAUAAACACCAGCGCUGGAUUCUGUUCCUGCGAUGAGAAUGUUGCCAAUGGUGGUGUGGCUAUUGCCACAUAUCAUGCCUGUAUCAAUGGACAUUCGUUCGUACCCGAAUUGGGCAUGUGCUUCGAAGCCAGCAACAGCAGAGAGAAGAGAUCACUGGAAACUGAGGAAAAACUCUCCUGUGAGAUAGAUGAGAAACGUUCCGUUCCAUCCAAUUGCUCACAAUAUGAGGUAUGCAUUGAAGGUGAUACCUGGCGACGACGCACUUGUUCCGAUUAUCGCUAUUACAAUCCGGAGCAACAACGUUGCCUAGAGCCGAGAGAUGAUAUGGUAUGCAAAUAUGCCCGAAUCACCCAUUUGCCAGCAUGUAACAAUCAAAGCGAAGCCCAGACCAUGCCAGCUCGUGGAAACAAUUGUCUACAGUAUUUCCGAUGUGCAGGUGAUAAAUGGCGUUUGCGUAAUUGCCCCAAACAGCAAUAUUUCGCCCGAAAAGUGGGUACCUGUCUACCCAUACCCAAAGAUCUGAACAUGGACUCUGAUUUAUGUCCGAGCAUUUUGAAUGCCUCAAUCGUCGAUGCCGUAAACUGCCAACAUUUGUCUGUGCGUCCUGCUUCAGUCGGUUGUGGCAGCUAUCUCAUGUGCCUAGACAAUGCCUGGUGGCAGCAACAGUGUCCCCUAAAUAUGUACUUUAGUCUCCAGCACAACUAUUGUCUGCCCAACAAUGAUAGCGACAAUAGCGAGCAACAUUGUAAGAACGAGCAAAAUAGUACCUGUUCGAUUGGCCAGCGAAGGAGCUCAUUAGACAGUUGCCGAUCAUAUGAGGAAUGCAAUUCCGUUGGUGAAUGGAUCCGUCAGACAUGCAGUCAGGGAGAACAAUUCGAGGCCAUGUUCGGGUGUGUCCCCACGGACAAUUAUACGUGUCAGGCGAAUGGUUUACGUCGCGUCUGCCAGACCGGUGAAUUACGAGCAUUGCCUGUUGUGGAUGUGGGCGAAGCUGCCAGUUGCCUACAAUAUUUCCAAUAUUGUGAGAAUGAAAAUUGGUUAAUUGGCAACUGUUUGCGUGGCCAGAGUUUUGUGCAUUCGGAACAAAGAUGUUUGCCCCGCGACGAGUGCCAGAGUCAGGCGGUUAAGGUGAAAUUUCUAUCCACCAGUUGCCAGAAUCAAACGGAUGGUCAGAGCGUUGCCGAUGUGGAGGAUUGCACGCGAUUCUAUUUGUGUCUGCAGCAAGAGGCAGCCAUCUUGCAGAGCUGUGCCUCGGGCAGCUUUUUUGAUGCCAAUCUCGGGUAUUGUCGGCCCAACGAUGGCAGCUGUCAGUUGCCAUUGUGUGAGGGUCUAGAGGAUGGGAGUUUAGUGCCACAUCCGGUUGAUUGUCAAGCCUAUUACAGUUGCUCACAGGAGAAUGGAACCCAAUUGAUUUACUGCAGUGAAGGUGAAUAUUACCAUAGUAUACUGGCACAAUGCCGUGCCGAUCAUGGCCAAUGCCGCAAUCAGGAGCAGGUGGACGAUGAUUCUGAUGAGAGAACCACUUUAAAUCCCUGCACGGGCUUGCACGGCAUACGCCUGCAACAUGAGCUCUAUUGCAAUCUCUAUUAUGCCUGCGUCAAGGGUCUGGCCAUACCUGUGGAGUGUCCCAAUCAACAGCAAUUCAAUCCCGUCUUGGGCCACUGUGAAAACGAAGAGGAAUCGUGGCAAAAGUGUGAAAAUGGUCAGUUGAAUGGCAAUAAUACUUACAGUUGUGGAUCCCUCGCCGAUGGCUCCUAUCUGGCCAAUCGAACGGAUUGCACUAGAUAUUUCAUAUGUGCUGGAGGCGUUGCGCUGGCCCAACGUUGCGGCACUGGGUUCUAUUUUGAUGCCGAGCAAUUGCUUUGUGUGGCCGACGAUGGUUCCUGCCCCUAUGUGGAUACCGAGGAUGACAGUGACGAGGGCAAUAAUCAGCAUGUGCCACCCGAUCCACUUGUGUGCGAGGGCAAACAUGGACUCAUAAUGCCAGAUCCAGCCAAUUGCAAUAACUUUUACAUUUGCGUGUCAAGCAAAUUGAGGCAUGAAUGUUGCUAUACGGGUUACUUCUUCAAUGCCACUCUCUUGCAAUGUCAGGCCUAUGAUGUUGUGGAAGAAGAUGAUACGGUAGCCAAUGAAAACGCAACCGAAAAUGUCAUUGAUUCGCAAUCGCUGAGACCAUUUGCAGCACAACAACUCUCCCAACAGUGCACCGAUCUGCCCACUAAUUUCACAAAUAUAUGCCAAAUCAUUGGCGAUGGAGCGUCAGUAGCCGAACAGGGAGACUGUCGUCGUUAUACCAGCUGUGAGGCUGAUGAGGCCACUUCACAGCGUUGUCGCAAUGGCGAAAGUUUCGACAGUUUCUUGGGCAUUUGUCGUCAAAAUGAUGGCACUUGCCUCAUGGAGAAUGGCGAACGGACCGGCGUUUGUAAUGGAAAGCAUGGACAGUUUGCCCAGAACACGGAUAACUGUGCCGGCUACUUUGUCUGUGUGCAUGGCCAGAAAAUUGAGGAGGAAUGCGAACAAGGUGAUUACUUCAAUCGAAUGACCAAUACCUGUGAAAAGGAUGUGCUGCAACAAUGCAGCAAUGCCAAUGCAGAUGAAACUCUCAAAAUUGUCAACUAACUGAUGUCAUAUUUAAUUUUAAACGGUUCAC